GGGUUCGGGGGGGGCAGCAUAAAGAAGCAGCAUUUACUUUUUAAGCUCCACAGAGCAAACGUCAGAAUACACACCUCUGUUGAAUCACAGAGUCUGGAUGUAGAUGCUGAGUCAGUAUUGGCUGCUGCACCUCUCCACUGAUCUGUUUUGUCCUCUGCUUUACAGACGUCACUCAAAUAUUAUCGUAGCGCACUUGUAAAGUAAAGCUCUUAGCAGACAGUUUGAGACACGUUUCUGUAGCCUGAGGUACUGAUCAGUGUUUUUUUUCUCAAAGAACCAGAUUCGUCUGUCUGAGAACUCUGGAGCAAGCGUAGGCUGACGCAUUGUUUAACUCCAGCUGCCAUGGGAGCAUGCAGAGGACUCCUGCUGCCCCUUGGAUUUCUUGGAUCCAUGUUUAUCCUCAUGUUCUUUUACCAAUGGGACAUGUCACAACAAAAGAGAGCAGAGAGGAAGCAUCAGCUGCGGGAUCUGAGAAAGCAGCUACUAAAAGAAAUCUGUGGCCGUGACAAAGAGGCAUUUUCUGAGGGGAAGCACAGUUUAGAAGACGUGAGUGACAAAGAGCUGAUGAACCUCAUUGUGGACGACACUCACGGCAUCAUCUACUGCUACAUUCCCAAGGUGGCAUGUACCAACUGGAAGAGGGUCAUGUUUGUCCUGAAACAGGGUGAGCCAUUUCACGACCCCAUGUCUAUUUCUGCUGACUUGGUCCACGUCCCCAAAAGGCUCACGCUUCUAAACAGCUACCCAAGAGCAGAGAUGAAGGCAAAGCUGAAGCACUACACCAAGUUCCUGUUUGUCCGAGACCCAUUUGUCCGUCUCAUCUCCGCCUACAGGGACAAAUUCCAGCGACACAACAAGUACUACUAUCAAAACUUUGCCCGGGACAUUCUGCGCCUCUAUGCCAACCAGUCUGACCCACCACAGACAGUGGAUGAGGCAUUUGUAUCAGGCGUGCACCCCUCGUUUUACAACUUUAUUCAAUACCUGCUGGACCCACAGACAGAGGAGAAGCGGCCCUUUGAACCCCACUGGAGGCAGAUGCACCGUUUGUGCCACCCCUGCCUCAUACAGUAUGAUUUCAUUGGCCAUCAGGAGACUCUUCUGGAGGAUGCUGAACAGCUGCUGCAGAUCUUGAAGCUGCGGGAUGAGAUCAGGUUCCCCCCUCCCUAUGAAAACAUGACUUCCCUUGGUUCUGUGUUGGACUGGUUCAGAACAGUGCCCCUAGAGGACAGGAGGAAACUGUACAAGCUCUAUGAGGGGGACUUCAGGCUGUUUGGCUACAGAAAACCAAGUGAACUGUUUCACUGAGAUGAAGCGAACCUUCAUCUAUGUAACCAACAGGCAUAGAAACCACAGCCAAGAGCAGUCAUUCGCCAUCAUAAUCUAGACCGUCCAUCUCAUAAAUAGUCUAGUGUAGUUUUAGUUCCUGGUCAUGUUCCUGUUCCUGCCAACGGGUUCAUCGAUCCAUCUGCCUGCUCGUUUUCCGUCCACCUGUAAACCUGUCCUUUGCCAUUAAAAUAUCUUCACU